AUGAGUACUAUCCAGAAUAUCAAAAACUUCAUCCGGCACGGAAAACAAGCGCGCCUCGUGACCCCUCAUUCGGAACCGACUACCGACGUAUCCGCGGUCCACGCCGAACCACAGCCCCCCUCUUCCAGCCAAUUUUCUCCAGGUCUACUCGAGGCCUACGAUGCCGAUCUCAGGGGAAAUGGGCAAGCCGGAUCCCAAAAGUUAUCGGAAGCCCAGGUCCGCAAAGCCCGGUCGCUCGAGAUUGAACGUCUAGUCGCUGAGGAAAACUCCAACCGCUCCAAAAUGCCUCAGUAUCCCGGUUUAGAGCGCUGGAUCUUGGUCGAGAAGAUGGGCGACGGUGCCUUUAGUAAUGUGUAUCGCGCCAAGGACUCUACAACGGAGUACGGCGAGGUCGCUAUCAAAGUUGUGCGCAAGUUUGAAAUGAACAGCAAUCAGGUAGGGUGGCCGGCCGGUCUUUUUCCUUUCUAUCUUUCCUUGGUUAUCAGCGUCUGCUGCAAGCGUGCGAAUAUUCUCAAAGAGGUUCAGAUUAUGCGCAACCUCGACCACCCCAAUAUUGUCAAAUUGAUUGAUUUCUCCGAGUCCCGCCAAUACUACUACAUUAUUCUCGAACUCUGCCCCGGCGGCGAGCUUUUCCAUCAAAUCGUGCGAUUGACUUAUUUCAGCGAGGAUCUUAGUCGCCAUGUCAUCACGCAGGUCGCCAAGGCGAUUGAAUAUCUUCAUGAAACUUCAGGCGUUGUGCAUCGAGACAUUAAGCCCGAGAACUUGUUGUUCUACCCAGUCCCCUUUGUUCCUAGUCAAAGACCCAAGCCUAAACAACCCGGCGAUGAAGAGAAGGAAGACGAGGGCGAGUUCAUCCCCGGACUCGGAUCCGGUGGCAUUGGGAAAAUCAAGAUUGCCGACUUUGGUCUUUCCAAGGUAAUUUGGGACAGUCAGACAAUGACUCCAUGUGGUACCGUUGGCUAUACGGCGCCCGAAAUCGUGAAGGACGAGCGAUACUCUAAGAGUGUGGACAUGUGGGCCAUGGGCUGUGUGCUUUACACCCUGCUGUGUGGUUUCCCUCCAUUUUAUGAUGAGAGCAUCCAAGUGCUCACCGAAAAGGUCGCGCGUGGCCAGUACACCUUCCUAUCUCCCUGGUGGGAUGACAUCUCCAAGUCGGCCCAGGACUUGAUUUCGCACCUCCUCACAGUCGAUCCUGAAAAGCGCUACACCAUCAAGGAAUUCCUCGAUCACCCUUGGAUUCGACAGACCGAUGAGGAAACCACUGCGGCUGCCGAUGCACCUCCUCUCGCAACUCCGUUUGGCCAGGUCCGCGAAACUGGACCAGGCCAGAAACUGGAUCCCGCGGGAGCCGACCAAGCCCCAUACCAGCCUGCCAGCUCUCGUAUGCUAGACCUUCCCGCAGUGACUCCAGAUCGCCGCAUGGACUUCCGUUCACCAGGCGCCUUCAACCUUCGGGAAGUUUUCGAUGUUGGUUAUGCCGUACAUCGACAAGAAGAGGAAGGUAAACGUCGUCGAAAUGCACGUCAAAACCCUGCCGCGGGUUUCUCCUCUGCCCUCGGUUCCCUCAACGAGGACUACGAUGAUGAGUAUGACUACCGGCCCCAAGGCAACUCAGGUCAACCGCCCUCCAAGGCCGCCAAAUCAUCAGGUCAGUCGGGCGAUUUAGCCGGUAUGGAAGCUAAGCUUCGAUCCACAAACCUCGGCGCCCAGAGCAGUGCUGCCCAGGCACGCCAAGCGCACAAACCACGCCAACAAGGCUACGGCCAACACGAUGCAACCGUGGCCGCAGCUGCAAAGAGCAGCAUCGGUCGCAAAGCCGCUCAGCCAUUCGAACUCAGUUUGGACGGUGCCACCCUCCUUGAAAAGCGGGGGCGUCGCAACAAACAGCAACCGGUGGCAUGA